UAAUGAAAACUAAUUCAUCUACCAAACAACUUUGGGAUGAUUCUUCCUGAACUGUUUCUGAAGAGUACAGUGAAUCUCCUCUCAAAAACAACAUUUAUCAUUGGAAAGGGAAUGCCAAUGUCCUUGAAAAUGUCACCGGAAAGUCCAAAAGCUCAUCAGCAAUUUCGAAGCGGCCUAUCCUUACUGAGAACUCUUGCUUUCAAGAAUCAAAGGGGGAAAUUGUGAGAAGAAGCGUUGAAUUAUCAAAGCCGAUUUUUAUACGCCCCCAAGACUCAAAGGCUUGUGGGCCUUGCUACAAAGUUAUGAAAAGACUCAGAAAGUCUUCAUCUUCUGAUGUACUUCAUUUUCCUAGGAACUUUGAAGAAAUGAAAUCUUUGAAUUGGAAAGAAAAAUGUGAGGAGAGCCAAAUGAUUGCUUCAUCAAGAAUCCUGCUCCUGCUCCACAAGAAGUCUUAAAUCUUCAUGCAGCUAUCAAAAAGGAAGCGGCUAUUCCGCCGAUAAUUAUAAUUUCUCAUAAAAUAUGUUUAACCCAA